CUGCAUCGCCAAGACACACACCCGGAAUACCACAGUCCAUUCAGAAGGUCUCAACGAGGCUGCAGCAGAAUUCAGAAUGAAACUAUCAGUUCUUGGAGCGACUGGACAAACAGGUGCAACCCUUGUAACCCAAGCUCUGCAGGACGGGCAUGAAGUCACAGCUCUUGUGCGAAAUGUCAGCAAAAUGACCAUUCAGCACGAGAAACUUAAGGUAGUAGAAGCUAAUAUAUUUUCCGCAGACUCAUUAGCUGAACAUUUCAAAGGACAGGAUGCUGUUGUCUCUUGCCUGGGAUUCCAAUAUAAAAUGUUCUCAUCAAUAAGUGGUUAUACAGACUCCAUUGCCCCCAUCGUGGGGGCCAUGCGACAGACUGGAGUGAAUCGAAUGGUGACAAUGACUUCCUGGUACACAGACACUUCCGCACAAAAUGCAUCAUUCUUCGUGAGGAAUCUAUUGAUACCGCUAAUUAAAAGUGUUCUCACAAACAUGUUUGAGAUGGAAAAAUAUCUAGAAAAAGAAUGUUCUGAUAUUAACUGGACUGUUGUAAGACCACCUGGACUUCAGAAUACACCAGUGACAGACAAAGAAAUAUUGACCCAUGAAGGAUAUUUUGUCCCAGAUGAUAAAGGUUACCCAAUAACCAAUACAGUAUCACGUGCUGAUGUGUCACGCUUUAUGCUGUCCACUCUUAAUGACAACAGAUGGACAAGGAAGAUAGUCGCAAUGUGUUGUAAAUGACACAUUUGGAGUGGUAGUUACGGUGCAUUCUCCACUUCGUUUAACAGGUGAAACAGGUUUUUGUCAGAACAAUACAGGACUAGCACAUGGGUGCAAUUACAGACAAACUAUUUCAACUAUGAUUAUUUUUCCAUGGAGAUUGUCAAAUCUAUAAUUUUGUAAAAAGUGAAUUACAUUUAUGUAUAAUGAAUAAAACAUUCUAUUUAUAAAUUCAAA